GCAAGGCUCAGAUUUCUGUUCCUCUUAUUAAUGUUCUAAGAUGCAAUCAGAUCUAACACAGAAGUUAUUGCAAUGGCACAUCAAUCAUGUCAGUUCCGAUUAAAAAAUUUAAUUGAAUAGAAAAUUUGCUUGCUAGCCAUAUAUACACAAAUUACUGAACUUAAUUUUGGAAUAGCCAACCUCUUAUACUUUCCCAGCAAAGUUUUUGAAAACUUAUUUCAAAUGAAUACAGUUUCUGAUGAUAAUCAACAAAAAAGUAGCAAAAAUAGUAUUUGUUAUUCCAGUUUUUGUAUCAAAUAAUGGAUUUUAUAUUUCCGUUUGAUCAUUAUGUAGUCCAGAAAUAUGGAUAUUUCUGAGCCUAUUAUGUUACUAGUUUUUCGUGAAUGAUGCGUUUGUCUGAAACCCAUCCCUACGUUUAUAUGUAUUGCAAAAAAUAUGCAGUACCUAUGACAGUCAGAUAUCUAAUUUGACAAAAACAGUCCGAUCGUUCGAUGUAUAAAUAUCUUCAAUCUGUUGAAAAAUUUCAUACGUUCGAUUGGCGAAGUGAUUGACAAUAUUAAAUAUUUUCUUUGAUUACAAUUAUGCUAUUGGUUAUCUAGUCAAAGAUCUAUAUAUAUUGAAUGAACCUUUGCUAUUUUCUGAAUAAUUAAUGUCCCUCAUAUAUUAUUUUGAUGAAUUACUUAACCUGAAAGUUUUAUGUUUGGUUUUGAAUUGUUUGGCGCCAUGUUGCUUUUUCAACAAUACAACACAAAAUUUUGAUUACUUCGUGAUAACUUAUAUUUCCUUAUAUUCUUGCGAUGCGUUAAUGGUAAAAUGAAUGUGUUAAAUUCGCAAGUUGAAACGUGAAAUAGAAUGUUAUCUUCAAUAAAAAUUCUAAUCACAUUACCAAAUGUGAACCAAAUAUUUUGAAGAUGGUACGGAAAAGAGUUAGAGCAAGUUGAGCAAAUUUGGUUAAAUCUAAGUCAUGGAUGCAAAGUGCACCAAACAGCAUCAUGACAUCUCUAUUGAAGAUUGUGGCACUGAAAGCCCAAUUGUGGACGAAGAGAGUGAAGUCUCUGAGGAUUCCACUAUAUGUGAUGCAGAUUUCAAACCCACUGGCUUGAAUUCAAAGAAACUCCUACAAAUUCUGGAUAGAUCCUUUUCACUUGAUGACGAAUCAAUGGAGGAGCCUUUAUUGUCAUUUGAAUAUUCAAUAUCACAAAAAAAUGAAAAUACAGAGUCGGGAGUUGACUUGUCUACACCAAAUUCACUUAGGGAGAAAAGCAUUUGUUCUAUAUUGAGAAGAGGUUCUUGUUUUGAAAAUAAAUCUAAUACAUCCUUGGAUUCCUGUCAUUCAUCUGCGAGUUCCCGUCGAGUAUCAUUUCCAAGUGAUGAUUCUGAACUUGCUAGUUACUUAUAUCCAGAACAAGAACAACAUUUAGAAAUGGGUAUAAAAAGUUCUGAGGAGGUUUUAGAAGUGUAUGAGAACUCAUGCAAACAUCACAAAACUAUUGAACUGGAUAUCAUCAAAAACCAAAUUGCUGAAAUCAAGAACAAUAUCAAUCACUCCGCAACAUUCAAUUUAUGUUCAAUAAAUUUGACAAACGAUGUAAAUGAAACUUUAGAGGAUUUGUUGAAAGUGGCUAAUUUUCAAAGAAUAACCUUGUCUGAUUGUAAAUUCACAAGUGAUACUAUUAGUGAAUUCUUGGAUAUGUUGGAAUAUUAUGAAUCAACAAAGGAACUGGAAGUGUCGGUUAAGUUUGAAAGCAAUGAAGCUUGGCAAUCAUUUUGCAAUGCUUGUAUGAACCUUGAUAUGCUUGAAGUAAUAUCGUUUAAGGGUAUGUGUAUUAGUGAAGAAUACAUGAGGAAGCUUUUGCAUGCUGUGAAGAGCAAUUCCAAGAUUACAACACUUAGAUUUGAUAGCUGUGAGCUAGAUAUGAUGCCUUCAUUUUAUUUAGUUGACAGCUUGAAGAGUAAUACGACUCUAAGAGAACUUUAUUUGCCAUCAUCCAAAUUGUAUAGUAGAGAGGCUCAGUGUCUUGGCAAUUUCCUUCAGGUUAAUUCACAUUUGAAAGUAUUGGAUAUAAGUAAUAACUUUAUUGGUGAUCGUGGAUUAGACAACUUGUCCAAAGGAUUAGUCAAACAAAACAUUCCAGGAUCUGGACUUUCUGUCUUGAUAGUUUUCAAUAAUCAGCUCACUGAAAAAAGUGGACCUAUCAUCAACAAUUUGAUUAAUUUUGGUAAAAAUCUUCAUACAUUAAAUGUUGGGUAUAAUAAUUUAACAGAUCAGGUUUUGAUGGAUGUCAAAGAUGGGUUGAUAGAGACAAAUUCAUUAGAGGGAUUUGGAUUACAAUGCACUCUAUUGACUUGUAAAGGAAUAUUUUCUCUUGCUGAAGCUAUUGAAGGAAAUACAUCACUCUUAAAAAUAAAUUUGAAAGGAAAUAAGGCUAUACAAGUACAUGGCUUGGAAAGACUAUGUAAUGCUCUGACAAAUUCAAAAAUAACCAAAAUAGAGAUAGAUGAUAUUAAUCGAUCAUGUAGUGAUCCAUCAGGUUAUACACAAGUGGUUAAGAGGUUGAAUGCAAUAUGUACAGUUAACAAGACAUUUGUUGUUGAUAAUCGCGAUGAAGAGAUUACUAAUAUUUCUAGAGUUAUAUCUAGAAAAGUAUCUUUGAGUUGCGAACCUCGAUUUCUUAUACCAGAUGUGAAACAUGCACUCACAAGUCCCAUUCAACUUUCAGCAAUGUCACCAACACCUCUUACAAGUCCAGCUCCUAAGAGUCGUUUCCAGAUAAUCUCAGUACCAGAAAAUAGCCCUCGAUCACUUUCACGGUUCAAAGUAACUCCAGUAAUAAGUCCUUCUCCGGAAGAUGACGAAAUUCAGAAUCGUUUUGCUAAUGUCAGAAGCAGUGUUUCAUCCAAUGAAAGUAUGGAUUCACUCUCGGUACAACCUGAUUAAGUAGGAGCAGAUUGAUAAAUUAUCUGCAGCUGCUCUUGGUUGAACAUCAUCUUCCUAGGGACACAUUGAAUUAUAAAAUGGCCGGCUAUAUCAAAUUCAGUCUGUGUGAAGGAGCACUAUUUUUAAAAAUUCUAUAAGAUAAUAUCAAACUAUGUUGCAAAAUAAUAUAGAGAGGAAUAAUGUUUUUCUCAAUUAAUUAUUUUAAUUAAUAUAUUGAGUAUUGAGAUCAUGUUAUUUUUUUCAUAUAUGUUUAUGUACUUGAGUCUUUUUUCAGGUUUGCUUGGAAAUUUUAGGCUGUAGAAUGGUGAAAAUCAAUCAAUUCGUUAAAACUUGAAAACGGAGUGCAGUUAUAUGUUUCACUUCCAAUGACGCAGUGAAUUUUUUAUUUGAUUGAAUUUCAUUGAAUUAGGCUGUAUAUUCUCAGGUAGAAAAACCUUAAUUAGAUAUUGAAUUUAACCUCGACAGAUUGAGUUCUAUUUUGAGUUCAUUUCAAAAUAGAAAUUUAUGACUAAUCAACUGAAUGAUUUUAUCAUGGCGUCAUUGAAAUUCAUACAGGUAUCAAGAUGAAUAAUUAUUUAACGUAAAUAAUGGUUUAACGUCUGUGUGUUGAUAUAUGAAAUUAAUUUCACGGCAUUCAGAUGUACUAACACUGGAUUUUGGGAUUAAUGGUUCCUCGUUGAGGAGAAUCUUCAGCUUCAUCGAUGGCUCUGUGGUUAGAGCAUCGGACUAGUUAUUCGGAGGUACUUUUUCCACAAUUGAAAAAUUGUCUGAAUGCCGUGAAAUUAAUUUCAUAUAAUUAUUUAACUUGAAAGAUACUUCUCUUCAAUUUAAUUUUGUUUCGAAGUAGUCAUUAUUGAAUUUUUUGUAAGAGCAAUUUCGAUUGAAUGAAAUAUGGUAUGAAAUUUUGUCGAUACCCUUGAAUAUGGUAUCUUUAUGAAUGUCAUUAUGGCGGCAAUUGCUAUAUGUAUAUACAGUUAUAUUCUGUAGAAUUUAAUUAUUAAAUAUAAUAAUUUGUUCAAGAAAAAAAUUAUGAUUUGCUAAGAAGCAAAGCAAUGGAAGUCAUAUUAUAUACAGUUUGUAUUCUGGAUCCCACUCGAUUCCUCAUAUACUUCGCCUCUGCAAACCAAUUUAUUGAUUUUUCAUUAUAAUGGAUUGGUGCUGCUGAGAUAGUACCUGCAAUUACAAAAAUUGUUACUUAAAUAUUGUUUUUAAAAUAAUGUAAAUGUUUAUUAGAUAAUGAGAUAUAUUAACUUAGUCAUAAUUUAAAAUACGGGAUACAUAUUUGUAUAAAUUGAAUAUAUUUUUAUAUGGACAUUAAUAAAAUGGGAUAUAAUUUUAACAUUGUAUUUAAAAUGUUGGUACAAAAUUGAAUUAUGCUAAGUUGUUUGUAUAAUUGUUGAUUUAAUUAAUGAUAAUAUCCAAUAUAUUAUUUGAGUCGUACUACAGAAUUAUAGGGGAUGAAACUAACUUUGAAUUUAAAGGUCUCUCACAUUGUCUUCAAUUGAGUUCAACCUUAAGUAACUCGCAUUUCAACAAUAAAAAUGUUGAAGUGUAUAUUCCCAAUAAGGAUUCCAAAAAGUAUUGUCUUGUCCAAAUACUUUGCUGUUUCAUAAAGUUCAAUCGGUAAUUCAAAUUGAACAUAUUAUGCUAGAGCAAACAUUUCAAUGUAUAGGGUAUAGAUUUUUAAAUAUAAAAUAGAUAAAUUGGAUGUGACACCUGUUUUUUUGCCGAAACGUGGUUAUUUAGUUCUUGAUUAAUUGCAAUAGAGGAUAAAGCAUACAAUGUCCUAUUCAAAUUUAAUGAUCAAAAUAUUCCUUGCAUUGAGCAUUUGUUUAAUGAUUUUUAUUUUGUGGAUGUGAUACAUGCAUGUGAUAAGUAUUAAUAUAUUAAGGAUAUUUCAAGAAAUUAAUAUUAUGUAGAAAACAUGUAUUUAAAGUACAAUAAAGUGUGUUUAUAUUGAAAUAA